AUUAUUACAUGUGAUUCUGUCUAACGUUAACUUAGGAGUUUCGCAUGUACUCAAUUAUGCAAGAAGUUUUUUGAUAUUGUAGUAUUUUAAAUAAUCGUGUUUACGGCAAUUCGUAUUUUUAAGUAAGAAAUGUACCGGAUUUGCCCAACAAAGUGGACAAGUUCACAGAAUUUCCAAUUGAUGUUUACAAAGUGUGUACAGAAAACUGAGAUUUCCAGAAAAUAUUCCUUACUUACAAUAGCGAUUGAAAGUAAAGCAUUUGAAAACAUUCUCCUUAGUAUGAUGACUGACGAACGGAUAGAAGACAGAAAGUUGGCCCUUGACCGUCUUCUGGCAGCCAGAGAAGCAGAGUAUGACACUGUUAAUGGAAUGGUUAGAUGUAAUAAAGUGCCAAAGCUGAAUUUCAAAGAUAUUAGCGUACAUAAGAGGGAAAAAUUGCUUGUCAAUGCAGGAGUUCGUUCUCAAUCGACAACUGUAAAUGAAGUUCUUAGGAGAAAGAAAAAACGUAUAGUAAAACCUCGUUAUUCUAAAUAUGUAGAGCUUCUUGAAGUGACAGAUAUGUCAGCCAGUGAGCGAAAAUCGCGUGUUAAAAGACUGAAAGCGAAAAAAUUACAAGAGUUUAUUGCUAGAACGCAGGCUCAAAUAAUUGAAAAAUGGGCUAAGGAAAGCAAGCAACUGAAAACCAAAAUUCCUCUGACACCUAUAUUAGAAAAUGCAACAGUUGCUGAGAUACCCAAAAUAAAUAUAGAACCGGCAAUUUACAAACAAAUUAAUAUAGAUGAAAUGGAUCGUACAAUAUUGGAAUCGGGAAUAUAUGAUGACAAGCCAUUGAUAUUUUUCGGAAAGGAAAACUAUACGAAACAUGUUAUAAAUAAUACUGAAGACAUUAAUAAUAUAAUAAAAAGUUUCAACAGCUAUCGCGACAUACUUGAAAGUAUGGGAAAUGAAUGUCAAGAAGUAUCUGAAACACCAAUUGAUACUUUCAGUUGUAUGGUUCCAAAGGCAAACGACGUGGAAGAGCCCUUGGGUACCUUAGAGUCUGGCGAACAUUAUAUUUCUUCAGAGAAUAUUGAAACUAACGCUUCUAAAUGUCACAUCGUUCAGAGUACGGAAAGUAUUGUUAUCACAAAGCCAAAAUCUAGGUUCAAGUCUAAAAUACAUAAUGACGAGGAGCAAGAACGCUUUGCAAAGGAAAAAGCUCUUCGAAUCAAUUUGGAGUCAUACCUUAAUGUAUGUGUUUCAGCUGGGAUGAUUAAUCGGGGAAUCUCCACAUUGUUAGCAUAUAGACAAAGAGCAAAAAAAAAGUUGGAAACUCGGAGUCUUAUUACAAUUGAAUUUUACAAUAUUAUAUUACAUGGACUAGCCGAAAAGGCUUCAUUUGAGCGAUUUAACGAUAUUUUUGCAUUGAUCGAAGAAGAUCAGUUGAAAUUUAAUGAACAAACAUAUGCCGCUAUUUUUGAAUGUCUGGGACGCAUUGAAUCAUCGGAAGAAAAUAUAUAUCAAAUUAAAAAGUUUGAACAAAUGGCAAACCAAAAUGGAAUAACGUUAAAUCAAAUAAUGGAUCGAUCAGUGUUUAUUGCUGAUCAAAGAGAUAUUGCUUUAGAUGCUAUUCGACGAAUACGACCAGAUUUUACUCCUAUAUAUACACCGCCAGUUCUAAGUUAUAAUAACGAACUCCUUAAUAACUUAAACCAAUCUGUUGUACAUUCAUCAAUUACAAAUGUAAUGAAAUCAAAAUAUGUUUAUAAUAGUGCUGAACUAGAAAGGAUGGCACGUGAACAACUGAAAGUUGAAUUAGAUGGCUGCAUAACAAUAAAGUCAAUUGAAAGUUCAAAUGAAUUUGCUAAUGCUGAAUAUUGUCGUGAAAAACUUAAAGAUCUUGAAGAGCUAUGGCGUGUUCAAAUAAAUGCUGCUAUCACGCGAGACUUAAAUACAUUACGAGCUCAAAUCCGUUACAAACCGAAUAAUUUCAUGAAUUACUACACAUACCUUAAAGCUCUAAAUACCUCUAUAUAUACUGAUAUUUUAAUAAAAGAAAUCUUUAAGUUGGCAGAAGGAUCGGAAACGUUUAGCCCAACAGUAGGGCAACUUUAUAAAGAACUUGGCCAAAAAGUACAGCAAAGAUAUCAAAUUGAAAUGAAAAAGAAAAAUGGUAUAUUGGAAAAAAUUGGGGAAAUAUAUAGUUGUUAUUGUGAUAUAUUGAGCAAGAGAAAUACUAAAGAUAAUGCUCGGCAAAUGUGGCAACGGCUGGUGCACAAUCACCGAAAUAGUGGGCCCAGCAUGGAUGUGAAAUAUGUAGGUUGGCCUACCAAUGUGCAGUCUGGUGUUGGCCGUUUUCUGUACAAUAUUUUGAUGCGUGACAUUAAAAUAGAUGCUCAUAUUAUGCGUCAAAAAACCAAAAGCAAACAACAGAAUCUUUUACCCGCCUUCUAUACACUUUUCCGAAACCAAGGACGCUUAGUAAAAGAAGAAGUUAAACCUCUUCCUGUUUUAGCGAAAUUGUUGCGCAUGUCACGCCAGAAAACACUAACAUUUGAUUCGAGUCUGGUACCAAUGCUAUGCCCACCACAACCUUGGAGUACACCCAAUAAUGGAGGCUAUUUACUCAAUAAAUCAGAACUGAUACGUUUGCCUCAACAGGCCAUUCAGCAAUGGAAUCGCAUAAAUUCAAGCAGCCAACAGCAAAUUUAUCCUGCUCUUGAUUCUCUGAAUCAACUCUCUAGUGUACCAUGGCGCGUAAACACAGAGAUUCUCGACGUUAUUAUAAAAGUAUUUCAAAAUGGUGGCGACGAUAAACUUGAUGUACCUCAACCUCCAAGCUCACUGCCUCCAUUACCUUUAUACCAUGAAGAAAACACAGCAUUAAGUACGGCCGUACGAUCGAAACUUUUUAAAGACAAACUAGCACAUCGCCGAAAACAAGGAGAGAUGUAUAGUUUAUGGUGUGAUACCUUAUAUCGUCUUUCUUUAGCAUCUCACUAUCGAGAUAGGGUUUUUUGGCUGCCUCAUAAUAUGGACUUUCGCGGCCGAGUUUAUCCGAUACCACCUCAUCUUAAUCAUUUGGGAUCAGACUUAGCACGGUCCAUGCUUGUUUUUGAUCAAGCACAACCUCUUGGACAUGAUGGUUUCAGCUGGUUGAAAUUGCAUUGUAUUAACUUAACGGGCUUAAUGAAGCGCGAUUCAGUCCAUGAACGUUUACUUUUUGCUGAGGAAAUAAUGGAUGAUAUUAUUGAUUCUGCUGAUAAUCCUUUAACUGGCAGAAUGUGGUGGGCCCAGUCAGAUGAACCAUGGCAAACAUUAGCUUGUUGUAUGGAAAUAGCUAAAGUUUACCGCACAAAUAAUCGCGAAGGUUUCCUAAGCCGGUUUCCAAUUCAUCAGGAUGGUUCUUGUAAUGGGCUGCAACACUAUGCUGCGCUAGGACGAGAUGAAGCUGGAGCCAAAAGUGUUAAUCUGUUUCCUUCACCUUUACCGCAAGAUGUUUAUAGUGCUGUUGCUGCACUUGUAGAGAAAUCUCGCAAAUCAGAUGCAUCAAACGGAGUCCAAGUAGCGCAAGCAUUAGAGGGUUUUGUCCGCCGCAAGGUUAUUAAGCAAACUGUUAUGACUACUGUGUAUGGAGUUACCCGCUAUGGUGCACGACUGCAAAUAGCACGUCAGUUAAAAGAUAUUGAAAGUUUCCCUAAAGAAUGGGUAUGGCCGGCUUCCACAUAUUUAACAUCGAAGACUUUCGAAAGCUUACGAGAAAUGUUUACAUCAACACGUGAAAUACAGGAUUGGUUUACGGAAUGCGCUCGACUAAUAUCAGGCGUUUGUGGACAAAAUGUAGAGUGGGUAACUCCGCUUGGUCUACCAGUCGUGCAACCAUAUAAUCGACAGGAAGUUAAACAGACCAUGCGUACAGGUGCACGAGUUUCUGAAACUAUGGCUAUGGAUAUGUAUGAAAAGCCGAAUGUUAUGAAACAAAAAAAUGCAUUUCCGCCCAACUUCAUACAUUCUCUAGACUCUUCCCAUAUGAUGCUCACUUCCCUUAAUUGUGAACAAAAGGGGCUUACAUUUGUUUCUGUACAUGACUGUUUUUGGACCCAUGCAUGCACAGUCCCCGAAAUGAAUCAGAUUUGCAGAGAACAAUUUGUUUCUUUACAUUCUCAACCUAUUUUAGAAGAUUUGUCAGCAUUUAUGAGAUCGAAAUAUAGCUUUCGAGAAUGUGACCUACUUAAUGAUGGAUCUGCGGACGACCUUUCAAAACGGAGGCUCAACAGAACCUUGGGAGAGAUGCCGAAAAAGGGGGACUUUGAUCUUCGAAACGUUUUGAACUCUGUGUAUUUUUUCAGUUAGGCUGCUUUAUAUUAAUAUAAAUUGAUAUUAAGAAGUUUGAUUAGAUAAAAUUUGUUUUAUGUACAAUAGAACAAAUAUUUGUUAUUUUUUAACUAUUAUGUGAUUUUGUUACGUAUUUAUUUUUCAUAACAUUGGAAACAGUUAAACAAUAUAUAAUAUUUCUUUAUUGAA